AUGGGUAUCACAGAGAGUAAAUUACUAGUUGCCAGUGUCUCCAGAGCUUGCAAUGAGGCAGAGGAGAUUGAUGGCCUGAGUAAAAACAUUCUCUCCGAUCCGCUGGUGCAGAGUCAGAUAAAAAACAUUCUCUCUGACCCACUGGUGAGUAGUCCUUGCCAUGCUGUUGUCUCAACUAUUGCUCAAACCAGACAGGUUGCCUCCUAUGCUACACCAAUUUGGAAAGCAUUGCCAGUUGAUGCAAGAAACAAAAUUACUGGCCAUGAAAGCCCUACACAGAGAGCAAUAAAGAGAGUUACUACCACUAUCACUCUCUCCUCAGAUCUGAAAGGAUUCCUCGACAGCUGCAAGAACCGCCCUUAUUAUUUCUUUGAGGCAAUCGGUAGGAAAUUUGAUUUGCGUUACCCUCUUGCUCAAUGCUAUCUGUUCCUCUCCGAUACAGAGUUGAGCAGGGGCAGAGUGCAACGUCGACUCUUCUUGAUUAUUUUCGCUCGCUUGAAGGCAAGACUAGGACACUCUCGCCUACAUUCCUCCGCUCGCGAAAUUAUUGCUUUCAGCCUCCAGCAUUCAGGGUUGAUUGAAGACAACGCAUCGGAUAUUGACAGGAAAUUUGGUGAUUGGGCAUCCAGAGGGGAGAGGUAUGAGGUACUGGCAGCGGCUUGUGGAGGACUUGAUUCCUUAAUUAUCCUCCCAGGCGAUAUCUGUGACACAUUUUGGGAGAAGCAUCUGCCAAAGUCUGGCGCAUUGCACGAUAAGAUGAUAAAAACACUUCAGCAACGAGGUGUUGGCAGUUUUGUUGAGGAACUCGGUGGCGUCUCCAUCUUGGAAGAUAUUAUUAGAUGUAUAUGGCCUCGCCUAGAGGAAGAUAUAAAUGAGGCUAUGAGGGAGCAUGAACCAUCAAUCCAUCGUGGGGAAACAACUGCACACAUUCCAACCGCAGACCCGAAUUUCUUCAGCAAUGACCUUGCAAUGCAAAUGCAUGGAACUUCCUACACCCCAGCCUUGGAUGCAAAUGGUACUCUACACGCGUCAACAUCAGAGCAAACUAUUUCCUGCACUCAACGAUCUCCGCACUAUACAAUGCAAAUGUAUGGGAUGCAGCACGUUGCAACACAAAAUCCAAACAUUGUCAGCAAUGACCAGGCGAGGCAAAGCCCAUGUUUCCUUCCCGAGAUUAGAAUUGGUGGUACAUUUAUUACAUCUACAAGGGCGCAGGUGAAUCCGUCGGGAUAUUAA